AUGGUGGACAUGGCGGCAGCUUCGCAAACUCCGUCUGCUAGUUUGGAGGGGGAUCCUCUGAAGCAGUAUGAUCCAAACCUUCCAGUACCCUAUUGGCAUCAACGGAUGGAGCUCGCUGUUGUGGUUAUUGUUAAUACACUCUCCUUGAUGGCUAUAAUAGCCCGAAUAUAUCUUAGGGCUAUCCGCCUCAAACGCUUCAGAGCAGACGAUAAAUGGAUGGUUGCGGCAGGUGUUUUUCUGAUAUUUCCGCAUUUCGUAUGUCAAAUUGGCACCAACAGAUAUGGCUCAGGUCUACAUGACCAAAACAUCCCCGACGCAUGGAUAGUUCCGUUUUGGUAUUUUUCAUGGGGUUGGAUAGGAUAUAAUAUUGUUUCGACCUUGAUAAAGAUCAGUGUUUGCUGCUAUCUUUUACAGAUUGUCCCGUUUCACCUCCUCACAUUACGCCGCCUGAUUUAUGCCCUGAUGGUCAUAACGUUUGGGCUUGGGCUUAGCAUUUCCCUUUGUCACCUGCUCCAAUGCACGCCUUUGAUUAGUAACUUCGACUACACAAUUAAGCAAGAGCAUUGUUUUAACAUCGAUAUCCCGCGUUUUACAUGGAUUGCGGUGAGCAUAUCAAUUGAUCUGUGUAUCCUUGCCAUUCCAUGGGCUAUUAUUCACGGAACGAGGAUCCAAGCUGCGGAGAAAAGAAUAUUAUUGAUAGUAUUUUCCGGAAACUUAUUGGGAACGGCUGUUUGUGUUGUCAGCAUCUAUUCCGUAUGGAAUACUCGAACUUCCCUCGCCCAUUAUGACCUUGCGUACACACAAACAGCCUUUGCGAUUACCAACGAUGUUGAAAUAUUCUUUUAUGCCCUUGGUGCAUCUCUUCCUGUCCUAUCUCCGUUCCUUCUCUCCCGCUUUGCCUCUAAGCAAGAGCUUAACGGCACCGCAAGCUCAAGGGUACCUAGUUGGCGAGUCAAAGGCGGGUCUACCAUUGGUAGUCCUAUGCAUAUGAUAGCGCCACCUAGACGGUCAAAAUCUCAUUUAACAACGCUAAACGACGACGACGACAUCGAGCGGGACAUCGGUCGUGAGAUUGAAAGCAAAUAUGGAUAUAAAGUUGAUGUAGACCAUGACGACGAAAACUCAUCAGAUUUGACGUUAGAAAACAGGCCGAGUAAGACUACAUAUGGAGAAAGUGAAGCUGAGGGUUCUACGAAAACGUCUAUGCAGAAGUUUACAGUUGACGAUAUUGUUUGA